CGCUUGCGUGCGCCGUGACGCCAUCCCGCUGCGACCGGCGCUCUGCGGGUCACGUGGCAGCGCAGCGGAGGCGCAGACGAUCAAAGCCACAUAAUGUCCGUAGCUCGUUCAUCCGUCCAUGCCAAAUGGAUCGUGGGGAAGGUGAUCGGGACAGCAAUGCAAAAAACUGCAAAAGUGAGAGUGACCAGGCUUGUUCUGGAUCCCUAUUUAUUGAAGUAUUUUAAUAAGCGAAAAACCUACUUUGCUCAUGAUGCUCUUCAGCAGUGCACGGUUGGGGAUAUUGUGCUUCUCAAAGCUUUACCUGUACCACGAACAAAGCACGUGAAACAUGAACUGGCUGAGAUCGUUUUCAAAGUUGGAAGAGUCAUAGAUCCAGUAACAGGAAAACCCUGUGCAGGAACUACCUACCUGGAGAGUCCAGUCAGUUUGGAAGCGACUCAUCUAACCAAAAAUCUGGAAGAACUUGAUAUCUCUUCAUCACAGUGAUGGAAGUUUAGAAGAAGAAGCCAAAGGGAAAAAUGUACACAUUUGCUUUAUGGAAAAAGAAAUUUUUCUAAGUUUCAUCACAAGCUAUCCAGUUUCUCGUAUAGUGUUUAUGAUAUAGUUAAAAGUAAAUGAAGCAAAGGGCUUGUUAUAAUUUUUCAUAAAGGUUUAUGGCCAUGUUUCAAAUAUUCUUUUCAGUGGACAUACUUUCACGUUGCACUAAGUGUGCCUAGCAGUCUGCUGCAUUACUUUGUAAGCUCACUGUUUUACAAGGUAUAUUGGUUUUCUUUUUUUCAUUCAAAGAAAGUAUCUUAGAACCUUUAUUUUGGGGGAAGAAAGCCUUUUGAUACAAACAAAUAAGGCCACACUAAGUGAAUAUUUUUGAUAGUAUAUAUUCAAAAUAAAUUUAAAUAUUUUGUCUGCUUUCACCAAUUCCAAAAGCAAAUAAUCAACAUGCUUGUGGCCAGACUUUCUUCAGAUUAAGUCGUACAAAAUAAAAAUUUUUAAAUUGUGUCGUUUUCUUCUAGGCUAGAUUAAAUAGGAAAGAGUUCCUAAAAUCUAACACAUCGAAUAAGGUGUAGGACCUCGCACAUGUGCAUUUGAGUUGGAGAGUAAGUUUUGUUGCUAUUCAUUAAUAAACUGAUAACUUAGAUGUUGA